CAUAGAUGAACAAUUAUAAAAGCAGAGUUAUUAAAAAAUCCGAGGGAAAUUGCAAUACAGGGAAGGAAAAAAGUCAGAGAAAAUGCCUGAACGUACCUACAAACAUAUUGAUAUUGCAAGAAGUCCUACCAGCAGCAUCGCUAGCGUGGAACAUUUCCUCCGAAGUGCAGGAGGGGAUUCUUCUAGGAUGUCACCAACCUGCUCUUCCCCUUCCUCUCCUAUGAGGCCUCAGGACUCGGAAGACGACCAGGGCCUCUAUCAGAAGAAAUCAGUCCUCACCAAAGUGAAACAAAAGGCUAGGAAAUUGUGUAACAGCCUCAGCAAGAAAAGAAUAGAGGACGAGAAUGUCACACCCUCUAAUGGUGCUAGGUUUGUAGAUGAAGAGGAUGUUAGGUUUGCAGAUGAAGAGGAGGAGGAGGAAGAUGUUGAAGAAGAAGAAGAAAAAGAAGAAGAUGCUGAAUACCUUGGAGCUCCUAUGUAUGAAUCAGCGCAGGCACCUGAGACAUACAAAGAAAAUGCAAGGCAACAUCCAAGGGCAAAUCCAGUAAUCUCUGAGAAGCACGUUUUGAACAACGCUAUCAAACUAGGAAUGCAGGAAGAUCAAGAAAAGACAAGUGCUGAUGUCAAUCCUAAAUUCACUUCAAUGACUCAACCUGAUACUACAACAAUAGCAGCAUCUUCAACCAACGCUUCUGCAACCUUAGCUCAGAAAAUGAUACCUGCCUAUGCUGAAGGGUCACUUGCAGCCAACAGCAUCCCGUCCCAAAAUUCAUCUGUUUCAUCAUCUCGGCUGCAACAUUCAUUUUCCUCACCUGCUUCAAAGAGUAGGAAGAAUACGAGCCAAAACGUUGCUCCAGUCAAUGAUUAUUUGAAGAACACGUCUGGAAAAGAGUAUGAUGUCCAAAUUGAGUCUCCAGAGCAAGAUUUGUCAUCUUCAUCUGCUUCAAAGAGUGGGAAUAUUACACAGAAGACUUUUUCACUCAAAGAUUCAAUGAACAGGUCUGAACAAGGGAAUGAUGCCACAAAUAUGAUUCCAUUUCAAAAAUCAUCAUCCUUCUCAGCUGCUUCAAUGAGUGGGAAAAACACAAGCCAAAAGAGUGUUUCGGCCAAAGAUUAUUCAACGCGCAAGUCAAGGCUACGGGAUGAUGAAAAAACUACGUCUCACCUUCAGGUGACAUCUGGAGAAAAUGAUCCAAGCAGAACUUCUAGUAAUGCAGGCAUGAUGGACAAGGUGAGAGGAGCUGUAAAUUCAUUUCUCGGGAAUGAGGAGCCAUCAGAAGAAUAUGGAGUCAAAAUUCCUACUACACGCACUUCAUCACAAACUCAACAAGUUGUUGAGGAUGAGAACCGUGGGAGAAUUCUACAGACAAAUUAAGUCCUCCAAGGAUGGCCUUCAUGCAACUUUGUAUAUGACAACACGCUUUCUUUUUUGCCAUGUUGUGUAUGUAUAUAAUAAUAACCAGACCCGAAAAGUCAUUUCCAAUGUUUUGUAAAAUUCAAUAUAUGGAAUAAACUGUGUACCAUUUAUCCACAGAAAUGAGUGCAAUGUGCACCGUGUAUACUUUUACUAAUUUAUAGAAGGAUUCAUCAGAAAAACAGUGUAUUGUCAUUGCAACUUUGGCUGAUUUUAUGGCUUAGUGUUUGGUGGUAUAUGAUCUCUGAAGAAUAGAAUUUUCUUUUAACGGUAAUGUAAUUGUUUUUUUAUCAGUGUCUCUGAAGAAUAGAAUAAAAAAGAAAGAAAACACUGCACAAAUUUACGAUACUGAAGUCCUUUUACUGUCGCUUUUGUUACUAAGUUAAGACAACAAGGUGCUGCCUAUAGAAUGGUAAGAACUUCUCAGUCUCAUAUUUGAGUUUUCGAGUGUGUUUUGUAUGGAAUAUUAUAAUCAUUGGAAUAAAACAAGAUAAAUUUAUUAUUUCAUAUUUGAAUUUUUUACCAGCUAUGCAUAAGUCAAAUAAACGGCCUCUUUAUGUUUCUGAAAACAUCUCAGACUUAUAAGAGUUGG